AGAGAGAAGAUUAUUGAUAAUUGUUAAAUAGUACUAGUGUAAGUCAGAUAACAGGCGAAAGCAAAAAUAAGAAACACAAAAGAGGAGAGAGAGAGAGAGAGAGAGGAUGAAGCGCACUUGGCCACUUUAAUUUCCUGCACGCAUCCACAACGGAAAGAAGAAGAAGAAGAAGAAAUACAUAAGAGAGAAGAGGAAGAAAAGAGUUUUGAGAGAUUGUGAAUUUGUCGAGAAAAGUCAGCAAUGCCCUUACCCUUUGAAGAGUUUCAAGGGAAGGUGAUUUCUUCUUAUUUCUCCUCCGACAUAGAGCCCACCUCUGUUCUUAGCCCUCUCGCUACAUCCUCCUCCACGGUGUCUUCCUCUCACGGCGUAAACGCUGCCGUCGGAGGCGGCGGUAUCUCCGGCGGCGAUGAGCAAUGUGGAGCGAGUGAUUGGGAGCAAGUGCUUCCUGCCUCUCCCACGCAUGACCAUGACAACGACCAGAGCAUCCUGAGGCUCAUCAUGAUGGGAGACUCCCAAGAUCCUUCUCACGAGCUCAACAACAUUCUCCAGACUUCCCAAUCUCCCGCCACCUUUCACCACUCCGACUACACAUCGCUCGGCAGCUUCGGAGUCGUCGACGAUACGACCACCACCGGCUUCGGUGGCUUAGACCACUCGGUUCCACCUCUGUUUCAGUCACAAGUGCCACCGCAGCAUCCACUCCUAAUCAACCAAAGCCAGACUCAUUUCACCCAGAAUCCGUCCCUCUUCUACGGCCAUCAUCAACAUCAAAUCCCGGCGGCGAAGCGUCUGAACCAAGGGGGGUCGGUGGGUGAGGGGAUGAUAACGGAGCAGCUGUUGAAGGUGGCGGAGGUGAUGGAGAGAGGUGGGGAGACAAGUGUGGCACAGGGGAUAUUGGCGCGGCUCAAUCAACAGCUCUCAUCACCGGUGGGAAAGGCAUUCGAAAGGGCAGCAUUCUACUACAUAGAGGCUCUCCACAACAGUCUCCUCCACAACAACAAGGCCUCCUCCCCACUAAACCCCUACUCCCUCAUCUUCAAGAUCUCCGCCUACAAAUCCUUCUCCGAGAUCUCUCCCGUUCUCCAGUUCGCCAACUUCACCUCCAACCAAGCCCUCCUCGAGUCCUUCCACGGCUUCAACCGCCUCCACAUCAUCGACUUCGACAUCGGCUACGGUGGCCAUUGGGCCUCCCUCAUGCAAGAGCUCGUCCUCCUCCGCCACAACGACGCUCCUCCCCUUUCCCUCAAAAUCACUGUCUUCGCUUCUCCCGACCACCACCACCACCAGCACCAGCAGCGGCUUGAGCUCGCCUUCACUCAAGACAACCUCAAGCACUUCGCCUCGGAGAUCAACAUCUCCCUCGACAUCCAGGUCCUCAGCUUGGACCUCCUCGCCUCUCUCUCCUGGCCCUCCUCUGACAAAGAAGAAGCCGUCGCCGUUAAUCUCUCCCCCGCCUCCUUCUCAAACACGCCUUCUUCGCUUCUCCUCCGUUUCGUGAAACAUCUCUCCCCCACCAUCAUCGUCUGCUCCGACAGAGGAGGGUGCGAGAGGACGGAUCUGCCUUUCCCGCAGCAGCUCCUCCACUCCCUCCACUCCCACGCCGCUCUCCUCGAAUCCCUCGACGCCGUCAACGCCAACCUCGACGCUAUGCACAAGAUCGAGAGGUUUCUCAUACAGCCGGAGAUUGAGAAGCUGGUCCUCCUCGAUCGUAGCCGUCCCAUGAUGACGUGGCAAGCCAUGUUCAUGCAGAUGGGCUUCUCGCCGGUGACUCACAGCAACUUCACGGAGUCUCAGGCAGAGUGUUUGGUUCAACGGACGCCGGUCAGAGGCUUUCACGUCGAGAAGAAACACAACUCUCUUCUUCUCUGCUGGCAAAGGACAGAACUCGUCGGAGUCUCCGCCUGGAGAUAUCGCUCCUGACUCCUCCUCCCCUACUUUGUUUCAGUUUUUAUUAUGUAUUCUUAAUUUUAAUUUAUCAUCUAAUCAUGACACAUAUUUUCAUAAAUCUUUAGCACUUCCCGAUAUUACUUUUACUCCUCAAGUCUUGGUGCGAUUCACAAAGUAUAUGAAAUUUUGUGAUUAAUUAAA